AUGGCAUCCCCAGGCGGUAUCGUUCCCGCGCAGCUGGGCUUCCUCGCCAUCUUCAACCCCUCACUCGGCAUCACCGAUGAGACUAUUGACGACCAGAUCGUUUAUUACGCAUCAGUCACCACACAACGCCACAAACGCCGUCACCGCUCCCGCGGGCAGGGUAGACCAACUGAGAAUGUCUCCCAGGAAGAGCGCAAUGAACGCCUCCGACAGAUUGGCCUUGCCCAAGGCAUGGUGGACUUUGGCAAGAGUUUUUCGGGGGGCCAGCCCGUCGACACCAUUGACACUGAAAAGUCACGCGUCGUCCUUCACGAAAUCGAGUCUGGUUGGUGGGCUCUUGUUUCGAUUGAACUUACCAAGAUUCCUCUGCCGCCAAAGCUCCCAACCGGCAAAACUGGUGAGCCCGUCGAGGAGGUGGCCGAGUACUCAUCAAAAGAGAUCAAGCCGGCUACGUUGCUGUUACAGGAUCUGCUCCGUGCGCACUCCACGUUCCUCUUGCACCACGGCUUCUCUCUGAGCUCGCUGUUUGUGCGCACUGGGCGACCCAAAUUCGUCAGUAUUCUGACUCGCUACUGGGACUGGUUCCUGUCAACCUGGAAUGUCAUGCUACAGGGUAACCCGACUCGCAGCCUUUUGGGAAGCAUCAAUAUUGCUGCAUCGAGCGAGCUCGGCAUCGGCGUCGGUGAGGAGGAGCGCGGGAGUGGAGAGCGAGACGUACUUGAAGGCCUGGUUGGCAGGAUCGAAGGCCUUCAGGAUCUGAUUAUCUCGAGAUUCGGCUCCAACGUGACGGACCUUGAAUCUCCCGAUGGAUCGACCGCUCCAUGGCUCGGCACUGGUCGAGAGCCCGGACCCGAUGACGGAGCCAUCUUUCUGGGAGUGGGUGGCCUCUCCCGGAAGUCUUUAAGGGACGUGACUUGCUGGAUGGAGGAUCUCUACACGUGGGGCUCGAACGCUUACGGCGUCCACGAUAGCCCAACUUCAUUGCGCCGAGCUCGGCGAGGGAAGGCUACCAAGGGGGAUAAGGAGACUGCCAAGUCUUCCAAGGGGACCCCCCUUCGCCCUUCGAUUGGUUCUGCAGAUUCAAAGGGCUCCAUAUCAAGCCAGACGCUGGCUGACCGACGAGGCCAGACCAUUGGCACAGUUGCGGAGGCUAGGACACCUGACGUUCCCACACCAUCCGAUGAGAGCCCCACGGAUGGAUCAAAAGAUGCGGACGGGCAUCUAGACAGAUUCAUGACUUAUAUGAAACUCGGCUAUGGAACUUACUGGUCUAUCGGCAAGUCUGACGAGCAGUUUGCCCAAGACGCGGACAAGCUUGAAGGCGAGUCCGCCGUCAGCGCUCAGGCCCCUGCGCCGAAGAAGGUAGCCAACACCACUGGCCACUACCUCAUCGGUCUUCUGGGAGAUGUCGAGGAGAGCAGUGCUAGUGAAGGCGACGAUUCAGGUGAGCAUGGCGAUGCGGAUAGAGAGGAUAGCAACGCUCGAACAAUGCUCCGGACCGUUCAUGUGGAACUCGAGAAGGCAGAGCGAGAUCUCUCCGAAAGUCAGGUUGUAAAGAACAUCGGAAGUCUCGUCAACGAGAUAACCCCGAUCCCUGGUGUUCCUGCGUCCUCUGCAUCAACCUUUACGACACACAGCCAGAACAAAACGAAGAAGAUGCGAAUCGUGGUCUAUGUCAACAAACCAUUCAUCUACACAUUCUUGUUUGAGCUUCGAACAGACUCCCUUUCGUGGGAGUCAUUCUAUCGGAACCUGCACCGACAACUGGUCCCUCUGCAAAAGCCGCUUCUGGCGUCAACAAAAUAUCGCCCCGAACGGCCGUCCGUCGGCGCUGCUGGCACGAGCAUUUACGAUGUCAUUUGGGACCCGACAGCCUUGACCGUCCACUCAACACUGCCAAACAUACCGGACCCGAGCCAGCUACCUUCAGAGAGCACAGAUGCAUGGUCACGUGUUGAGGCGAUCAAUACACAUAUGCAACUACUGAACAUGUACGCCCUCACACGUCGUAACGUUACCGAGCUCGAGCGGACGUGUAAGACAAACCGCGGAUGGUGGGUGGUUUGGCAGCGGAUAUUGGACCGGAGUGGCUCAGCCCAAUCUCAGGAAGAAGCUCAAACUUCUGAAGAGGCCAUCAUCGACGAGGCCAGCCCCAGUACAGAAGACCCUGCAGCGAGCGAGUCCAGCGCCGAUCGACUCAUUAAGAAGUCCCCUGCACCAGAGCCAAGGGUAGAUAAAGAGAUCUUCUUGAUCCGGCGAGCAAGUGACCACGCCAGCUCUAGAGGAUUCAGCGGCACAUUUGCUGAGACUGGUAGCAGCUGGGGCGAGGGCGCUGGCCGCCUGGCGUCGGGGAUCGGUGUGGACACACGGAAGUACAUAGAGGGCUUAUUGAGUCUGAACCGGUGA